CGCGGGGUACAAAUCUCCCACAAGGACGCGAUCUUCCAUCAUGACAGCUUCAUUUGCCAAUAUUCUUCCCUUGUCAUCACACAUCAACUAUUUCAGAAUACCAAACCAACCCUUCUCCAAUAAGCCAAAUGGUCAAACCACAAGAUGACACUUCACACCCGCCUAAGAAACCAUCACCGGUGAAGGUAAAGGCCAAGCCGGCCACAACCACCAAGGCCAAGAAAACGCCAUCUUCGAAACCUACAAAGCCGAAGCCAGUACAGGCAAAGUCCAAUGGCGUGGCAGCAGCGAAGCCAAAAUCUGCCGUGGUCGAGCCUAAGCGGAACCUAUGGGAAGAGGCGUGGAUGUCCGUCGAUGUGGGCGACGCGAAUAGGAAGCGUCUGACUCAAAAGUGGCAAGAUAGGAACAUAAAUCGGAUGGGAAAGCUGCCCAAAGAGUACGUAGAAGGUGUUAUGAAUCUGACUAAAAGCAAACUACGCAUUCAUCAGGAGCGAUGGCCGUCAAAAACGAAGGGAAACGCAUAUGAUCGUGCAAGUUCUAUCUUGAAAUCGGUCAUGACCGUUCAGGCGUUGGGCGAUGUGGUCGUUAAAUUUGAUCCGACAGGCUAUGCGUCUAUUGCAUGGGCGGUGGUUUCCUUUGGUCUGACGGUCUGUGAUCAUUGACUUAGUUUCUUACAGGAUGGACAUAUGAUUGACUUUUGCAGCUUAUCCAAAACAACCAGGAAAGGAUGCA